UGUCACGAUGACGUCCAAAUGAGUUCAGCAUCUGGCGACUCUAAAUUUAGCGAAAAAGCGUUCUCGAUGAGUUACUUAAAAACGUCUACAUUUAAAUCCAUUUUCGAGUUGUGCGAUGUUGUUUCGAUAGCUUUCUACUGUUCGGCGGACGCGACCAUGAUGUUGAUCAUAGAACCCAACACGAACGAGUACUGGAUACCCUCCGUGAAAGUACCAGCACCUAAUUCGUGGGUGACCUAUAUGACGAAGGACCUCAUCCAAGACAUCUUCGGAAUGACUUUCCCGAUAGAUAAGUUGAUGCAGUUCAACAAAGUGUGGCUGCCUACGUCUCCCAAGGGUGGUUAUAUCAGUCACUCCAUUUUCAGCGUCCCAGUCAAAAUCGACGUAAAGAAGAAAUCGAAAAGCUUGUUUGGGAGGUACAAGGGCAAGAUUCGCUGGAGUAGUAUUCAAGAGGUGUCGAAAUUCCACACUAGCAAUGUAUUGAAGAGUCCCGAACUUGUUGAGUUCCUGUCUUGGCAUAUGAAUAAGCAGUCAUCCGUCGUUAACAUUCCCAGCGAGUAUGCCGUGGUAAAUAAUUUUAUGGAAAUUAGCGAUGCUGUCUUAGUCACUGGAAAAACCACACUCUUUGAUCAGAUAGUGGAGGCAGCGGGCAUGGACCGCAACGCUCAAGAAACUCUCUACGGAGAAUUCCUCUUGAUGACUUUUCCGGCGAUGUAUCUGACUCUGCAAACUUUCAGCAAGUUUAUGAUCGAAUUAGGCUGGCCCAAAGAAGAUACUCGUCAUUUGUUCCGGUCCGCGGAUAUGUAUGGACGUGGAGGAAUCUGUUUCAGAGAGUUGCUUUACUUUUUGGCGGCUACUGAACCGGGAACCAACCAUGGGGGUACCCAUGCGGAGGUGCGUUGUCGCUAUAUCUUCAAAUAUUUAGACGUCCAAGAAAAUAGCGUGUUAAAACGCGACGAAAUGAAGAACUUUGUUACUAUGCUAAUGAAGUCACGGAAACAGGCUUUAGACCCCGUUAACAUUGAAAAGGAGGUGAAGGAAUGCUAUCUGUCUAUGCAACUUUCCGAAAACCAUGCCCUCACAAUGUUGGAAUUUCUUCGUGUCGUUGGGGAACUGAAGCUGAGGGGGACAUCAAUGAUUUUUAGAGCGCCCAUGAGUUUUCAUAAAGUCGUCAAGGAUAUAAAUCAGAGGGAGACUCGUGGAAAAAGUCCAUUUCCUAACAAAUCUUCUGAACCCUCGAAGUCAAAAAAGGUCCACAGCUACGAACUGGCGAUACACAGUGUCAAGAUCCAGAAGAGUGGCACAGAGAUCAACAUCAACCAGUAUUGGAACAUUGAGAAUGCUGCAUCUAUGAUGUGCUUGCGCACUAUCCCCACCAACGACGUCACCCGCAAAGAAUCAACCAACAAGUUUGACCAGAAGUCUCACUCGAACGAACUUCUAAAAGCUUUGCGCUAUCUGGUAAACGUGAAUCAGAAAAUGGCCCAGCCGUACAAAAAGAUCGAAUCUUUUGCGUUUAAUUGGGGAAAGCUGGACCCAGCUACAGUGUAUCAGAACUUGAGCGCUGUGUGUACCGACGUGAAAGAAAUCUUGAAGAAAGAAGCUAGAUUGUUAGACAUACCAGCACCGGUCUACAUUUUGGGUGAUCUACAUGGCAACUUUGGCGAUCUUUUAUACUUCGAGAAGAUCUUUUGGCACGUAGGACCCAGCCUGUGCCCUUGUAACCUCCUAUUUUUGGGAGACUACGUCGAUCGUGGAUUGUACAGUUUCGAAGUCGCUUGCUACCUCUUCGCCUACAAACUACAAAGUCCGCGAAAGGUAUUCCUCUUGCGAGGGAACCACGAGAUUCGACGCAUCUCGACACAGUGGACUUUCGAGAAGGAGUGUAAGUUGAAGUUUGGAGAAAAACUCGGCUCUUUCGUCUUUAAUAUUAUCCAUGAUGUGUUCGAUGUGUUGCCUCUGGCGGCUGUCAUCGACGGUACUGUUUUCUGCUGUCACGGCGGGAUUCCUCCACCGUGGUUGUGUCCUGCGGUUACCGCAAUAAACGACAUACCUGCGGUGUUAACGGAACCUCAGGAUCAAAGUGCUCUUGCUUGGGAACUAAUGUGGAACGACCCAAUUCGCACUAAAAACCUGACAGAUAAAGUCGCGAUGGAGCUUCUAGCUAAUGAAGGUUUUGCCGUGAAUAGUCGGAGAGGUACCGCUCACAUUUUUAGUGUUGAAGCUUUGGAGAAGUUUUUGUCUGCGCAUGGUUUCACUCAUUUGGUGCGCGCACAUGAGGUUGUAGAAGCUGGGUUUUACCUACAACAGAAAGGUCACUUGGUGACGGUCUUCUCUUCGUCGAAGUACUGUACGGGGAACAAUACGGCUGCUUGUCUUCUCGCUGAUCAGGGGAAACUGAGGGUGCUGAGGAUCGAAGUCAAAAUUUCAAAAAUUCCGGAUUUCCGAGACUCUAGAGAUUCUAAAGAUUUGAAAGAUUCUAAAGACUUUGGAGAUUCUAACGCCUCUGAAAAUCUCAACAUUUCCAUUGAGGUUUUGAAGAUUCUGAAGAAUAUGUAUAAAGAUUCCAAAAAUGUGAAAGAUUCCAAAGGUUCCCAAAAUUCUAGAAAUUUUAAAAAGUCGAAAGCUUCUGUAGGCUCUAAAGGUUGCGAAUACUCUGAAAAUUUCGAAGAUUCUGAAAAUUCCAAAGAUUGUGAAGAUUCCGAAUAUUCUGAGGCUUCUGAAGAUUCCCAAAGUCCUAACAAUUUUGAAGCUUCGGAAAAAUCAAACGAUUAUAAAAAUUUUAACGUUCCAAAAGUUCCAGAAAUUUCAAAAUUCCAGAUUUUCCAGACUCCAGAGAUUCCAGAAAUUCCUAAAGUUCCAGAUAUUUGGAGACUCUGGAGAUUGUAG